AUGCCAGCAUAUUCCAAGUUGAAUAAAAAACGUAGAGUAACCUGUCGAUUUUGUAAUUUACCCUUUGGAUACGUUCCGCUUUCUGCUAUUCCAGUAGAGGCUAAUUUGACGUUUCUGUACAAGAUGCUCCAAGAGAAGCAACAGGAAUGCUCGACAGAUACCAACGUGAAUUCUUAUGAUGAGGCAGAACAGGCAGUCAAAGAAAUGAAAGAUGAUCUUAUCAACACUGAAACGCACAAUCAAGUUGUUAGAACACCCAAGCAAUUUUUGAGCCCAACACGGAUAACAAGAGUAGAAGAGCCUAAUUCAGUUGAUAGCAGGAAAUUUUUGGCAAUUUUUCUACCUGAUGCCAUCAAUGUUAUCAUAAAGAGACGAUGUAAUGAGGUUCGCGAGAACCAUAGAAAGCAAUCCAGUAGAUAUUCCAGUCCUGAAUGCAAUCUACCAUACAGUUUUAAGUUUCCGGGGGAUGACCUUCAUCUAAUGGAUACUGUGAUAUGCGCAGGUUGUGGAAGUACUGUCGGAGUACGCUUUGACCUGCAUCCAAGUCAAGUCGCACUGCCAACCAGCACGUGGCGCUCCUCCAGAAUGGCCCGAAAUGACAUGAAAAGCGAGUCGCUUGAUGAACCGGUACACCAGGAUGAUGUGGAUAACAUGGACAAUACGACAAAUCAGACCAGUAACUUCAUCAGUGCAUCAGAAACAAUUUUACAUCGGGCCAAGGAAGAAGGUUGGAUUUCACUGUCUUUGGAGUGUGUUGAUAUUGAACCACUGUUCGGUCUGGUAGGCCUGGACCAAUUUUCUAUUCGCUACCAAGGUGGUGAAAUGUAUCCCAACUUUUACUGCAGUAUUGAAUCUAGUCCACUGUUUUCACAGAAUUCGGCCACUUGGAUGGUGCCGGCAAGACGUAUAAAACCACGACGGGCAAUUGACACCAGUCAUGUUACCCAUCAUCUGACCAAUUGGGAUAAAACCUAUUAUGAAUUGGAGCGAAGUGACAAAUUAAUUCCUUUCACUUUGGGGCACGGUGACCUUGUGGAAGCCACAGUACGCCGAUUAGACGCGCUGUACCCACCAACUAGGCGGGAAGCGGACAUAGACAGCGAUUGA